AUGGGAAGGACACCUUGUUGUGACAAGAAGGGUUUGAAGAAAGGACCAUGGACAGCUGAAGAAGAUGAAAUUCUUGCUAGUUAUAUCAAGAAGAAUGGUGGCCAUGGAAGCUGGCGUUCUCUUCCCAGGAUGGCAGGUCUUCUUCGUUGUGGUAAGAGUUGCCGGCUUAGAUGGACGAACUAUCUCAGACCUGACAUUAAACGUGGUCCCUUUACUCCCGAGGAAGAGAAACUAGUCAUACAGCUUCAUGGCAUCCUAGGAAAUAGGUGGGCUGCAAUAGCCUCUCAGUUACCAGGAAGAACAGACAAUGAGAUAAAGAACUUAUGGAACACCCAUUUGAAGAAGCGUCUUAAAAGCAUGGGGCUUGACCCCAAAACUCAUGAACCAUUGGCCUCAUCAUCAUCAUACUCCUUUCACAAGGCACAUGCAUCAAUUUCCACACGUCACAUGGCUCAAUGGGAGAGUGCUAGGCUUGAAGCUGAGGCCAGACUCUCCAAUGAGUCAUCGAAGUUCAACAACACCAAUCAUAAUUCCUAUGGAGACACCAAAACCACUGAUUCUGACUACUUUCUCCGCAUUUGGAACUCUGAAGUUGGAGAAGCAUUUCGCAAUGUUCAUCACAAAAUAGACAACAAAAUCACUAGUUGUUGCAAUAGUCCUGCUUCUGCAGGAUCAUCUUCCAACAAGUGUAGUGAGUCUAUUACAACAAAUGCUGAAUUGGGUUCUAAUAUUCGAGGAAUAUCCUCUAACACGGGAACCGUUGUGAAACAAGAGUUGGAGUGGGGGAUUCAUGGGUCUGAUUCAUCAAGUUCUAAUGACUUGGAAGAUUCAUCAGACACUGCCUUGCAGCUAUUGUUAGAUUUUCCUAUAAACAAUGACAUGAGCUUCUUAGAAGAAAACUCCUUUGUUUGUCCACUUUAG